AGGCCUUCUUAUAUCAGCUAAGCCAAGCAAUUGCUAUACAUUUUGAUUACAUUUGUUGCCACUUGACUUUCUUCACAAGUCAAUGAAGGAAAAGAUUGAGGAAUUUAAAAAAGUUGAGCAGGCUAAGAUAAGAUUGUUCAAAAAGUGAAGUACCCCAGUUGAAAAUUUUUAUACUUAAUCAAAUUUUGCAGUAUCGUGAGUGAUUAAAUUGUUAUAUCUAAGUUUUUAACCAUUUUUUUAUGCUGUCUUUAUUUGAAUCCCUGAAACCUGGAAACAUAAACCAGAAUUCUAAGCUUUAGUCUGCCUAAAAUUAGAAAUUCAACAGCUUUUUUGUUGUUUGUUCUGAUGGGGAAUUGCUGGUGUUCUUCUCCACCUACUACACCUACACCUGCCACUACUGGUCAUCUCAGUUCAGCAAUAUCUCAGACAACUAGCAAUACAGUUUCUUCUCGGAGCACCAAUACAGCUUCUUCUGGGAGCACGAAUAUAGCAUCUUCUCAGGGCAGCAAUAUCUCCGGGGAGAGUCGGUUUUCUGGGGGAAGCAGCAACGGGGCCUUUCCGGAUGGGCAGAUUCUGCCCACUCCUAGCUUGAAGAUAUUCUCCUUCGCAGAACUCAAGGCUGCCACCCGGAAUUUCAGAGCUGAUACGGUACUUGGAGAGGGAGGAUUUGGUAAAGUAUUUAAAGGUUGGCUUGAUGAGAAGGGAACAGGGAGGCCUGGAAGUGGAACUGUUAUUGCUGUGAAAAAAUUAAAUUCUGAGAGCUUGCAAGGAUUUGAAGAAUGGCAGUCGGAGGUACUAUUCUUAGGACGGCUUUCUCAUCCUAACCUGGUUAAGCUGUUAGGGUAUUGUUGGGAAGAUAAGGAGCUUCUUCUGGUCUAUGAGUUUAUGCAAAAGGGAAGUUUGGAAAACCAUCUAUUUGGAAGGGGAUCAACUGUUCAGCCACUUCCGUGGGAAAUACGAAUCAGAAUUGCCAUAGGAGCAGCACGAGGCCUCGCUUUCUUGCACACAUCAGAGAAACAAGUGAUUUACCGAGAUUUUAAGGCUUCUAACAUACUUCUUGAUGGGUCCUAUACGGCAAAGAUUUCAGAUUUCGGUUUAGCGAAAUUGGGGCCUUCAGCUAGUCAAUCUCAUGUGACAACAAGGGUGAUGGGUACAUAUGGUUAUGCUGCUCCUGAAUAUGUGGCAACAGGGCAUUUGUAUGUAAAAAGUGAUGUGUAUGGAUUUGGUGUCGUCCUGGUUGAGAUAUUGACGGGGUUACAUGCACUUGAUACAAACCGUCCGAGUGGGCGACAUAGUCUGGCGGAUUGGAUCAAACCAUAUCUAUAUGAUAAGAGAAAGCUAAAGUCCAUUAUGGACUCUCGAUUAGAAGGGAGAUAUCCUUUCAAAUCAGCAUUCCGAAUAGCUCAGCUUACUCUCAAUUGCCUUGAAUCCGAGCCUAAGAAUCGACCACCUAUGAAAGAAGUCGUGGAGACAUUAGAAAGAAUUGAAUCUAAUAACGAAAGAUCAACAGAGUCUAGAGCUCGUUCCAACCGUAAUAGGACACACCACCAAAGCCAGCAGCCUUUGCAAUAUCGUUCCGCACUUCAUCCAAGACCGGACGGAAAUCAAACAUAUCAACAAUCUCCUCGAGCGAGGUAGUUAUUGUUUCUACAUCAUAUAUAUUUUAUAUUAUUACUGAAGUAACAUUGUAAAAUUCAUGAUGAGUUUGUUGUUGUAAUGCGAAAUUUACGGAGCAUUUGUAUAUUAGUGACAAAACUGUAUUUAGUUUAAUAGAACUAAUGAAGAGUUGUGGUAAGAAGGAUGUAUGCAUAUUAAUUUUGUUCAUUGGCAGUGCCAAUGCAAAGAAAUUCAUUAUUUCAUAAUUCUCUUUUA